AUGUCGGUUAUACAGCUCGACGAGCUUGUGUCAUAUCAGUUGCGGACGAGCUACCUCAAUGAAAUCGCCGACGGCGUCGGAGAGCGCCUUCUCACGAUAAAUGACGGCUUUCUCAACUCCGCGCCGUUCAAGGCGGCGGGAUGGCGGCCCAACUCGUCGCACACCAAACGGACGCAUUCGCCCCCGAUCCCGACGGCCAUCGCCUCCGAAUACUUCCAGGCCCCCCGCCAGGUCGGACACACGCUCGAGGAUGGCGAGGAGGACGGCGGCAUGUUGACGGGUGGCGGUGCCGACACGAUGGGCCCGGGCAUGGCGAUUAAGAGGCGCAGGCGCCGGGAGCAGAUGGAGGAAGACGACAGCAGCGACCUGAGCGACGAGAGCGACGAAGAGCACGAGCAGCGAGCCGCCCAGCAGAUAAAGUUUUCGAAGAUGCCGGUUCGGCAGCGCGCUGGCUCGUCGCCCAUCCAGUCGUCGCAUCUUAAGCAGCAGCAGACGUCGCCCCGGAUGCCGCGCCGAGGCUCGCAGUCUGCGCUGGAGACGGUCCGGGAGAGACCACGGCGCGACACCGUCACCAGCAGCGAGAUUUCGUCGGAGAACGAGUUCGACCUGCCUGCGGCGCAUCGCCAUCGAGAGGCGGCGCGCGCGGCGGCCAAGGCCGUGCGGCUGCAAGAGAAGAUCAACGAGGAGCCGACGCCCGGGUUGCAGAGGACGGACACGACGCUGCUGCCCGAGGAGGAGGAAGAGGACGACUCGGAUGAGGGCUCGGAAAUGUCAGGAGACUACGUCGGGAGCAUAGACUCGGCGUCGAUCCUGGAAGGCGUGGAGAAUCCCAUCAACCCGUCGCCUACACAACCCGUCAUUGGAACACCACCCAAGAACUUUACACGACAGUCUACGAUUCGAAGGUCCAAUGCACCACCGAAGCCCGUGGUUUUGGAAGCAUUACCUCCGCCGCGCCCCAUGAGCACCAUCCGGCCGAUGAGUGUGGUUCAACCGCAGAGCUUACUCUCGGCGGCGCUCAAGGCCAAGCAGCACAAGUCAUCAGUGCCGUUCCAAAAGUUUGCACACUUUAGCGGCCAGGGGACGCAAGGCUCUAUCAAUGUUCGCAUCUACGCUCCCUUCUCCAAGACGCCGGGCAAGCCCUACGAGGUGCUCAUCCGGCCACGCGUCCAGGACGGGCAGAACGCGGAGCGGGUAGUGACGGUGGCGGAUCUCAUCGGCCUCAGCCUCUACAGGUACAACGAGGAGAAAAGGGAGCCACAGAUCCCUUCCAAGAAGUUCAACAUCAACUGGUGGACACUACGAAUGGUGGAGGAAGGGGGCGAGGUGGACGACGACUUUCCCCCUUUUGAGAGAACGAAGCCCCUCAGCGCGUUCACGACGGUCAACAAUGCCAGCGCCCGUGGAGGUGGGAGGCUACGGUCCAACUCCUCGGCGUUUGACGAAUUCGCCCUGGUGCCGGCCACCGAGGACGAGUUCGAAGAGAAUAAGGCGCUCACGCCGCAAGAGGACGGUGGCGAGGAGGACGAGGCGCAGCAGGUGCCGCGUACGAGCCAAGACGGCGACGCUACCGCGCGGAACGCGCCGACGCCAGCGGCGAACCUGUCGACGGCCGAUGCGCAGGCUCGUCCGCGGCAGAAUCCAAUCGUCUUCACGACGUACAGGUCAAACACGCCGCUCGCCGACGCACCACAGGCGCGGGCGGCGACGCCCAAUAUGGCGCGGGGCCAGCACAAGCUGCUGCGGAUCCACAUCAUGUCGGCGGACACGACGCCGGGGCAAAUGGUGACGGUGGACGUGACGACGGACACGUACCUGGCGGAGGUGCUGGACUUGGUGUGUCGGAAGCGGCAGCUCGACAAGGCCAACCACGUGCUCAAGCUGCCGGGGUCCGGGGCGGUGGUGAUGAUUGACCGGCCAGUGUCGUCGAUCGGCAACGUGUCGGACCUGGAGCUGUACCGGAGGCGGUUUGCGACGGACGGCCCGCUGAGCAUGACGGGCUCUCCGAGCAGCGCGUCGCCCAAGUCGGUGCCGCUGGGAGACAACGCCGGGUCGGGCGGGCGGCGGGCCAAGCUCAAGGCGCAGAUGCUGGGGCCGCACCCGCUGGCACGGGAGGCGCUCAAGCAGGACGAGCUGGCGAGCGCCAACCACAAGAAGUACACGGUGUGGCGGAAGCAGCCGAUGCGCAUCGUGGGCAUGAGCGAGCGGAUCCUGGUGAUUGACGGCGAGUACAUCCACAUCGUGCCGGCGUCGGGGGGCAAGGCGGUGCACGACGGCAGCGGGAAGACGACGACGGUUCACUUUAGCAACGUGAUCGGGUGCAAGGUGCCGCGGAAGCACCCGACCAACGUCAAGCUCGUCAUCUACAAGGCCACGGAGAGCAAGCGGUAUGACUUUGAGGCUCGAGGCGCAGACGAGGCGGCGGAGAUUGUGGCGGAGCUCAAGAAGGGCAUCUCGCCGUACCGCGAGGUGUGA